UGUGUGUGUGUUUUUUUUUUUUGUGUGUUUUGGGGGGGGGGUCUCGGCUGAGACUAGGCGUUUAGUGGGUUUAAGUGGCUAAAGGCCCGCUUCUGGGUUUUUAUUGUUUAAAUAACAUAAUAAAACAGCAGCCGCCCGGUUUCCGCGCCAGAAGCAGAAGAGGCGCCUUUUGCAGAAAGCGGGAAAAGCGAACAAAUAUUGUGAUGGAGGCAGCUCAUCAGGAUGAACAUCUUCUCUUGCACGGUGAAGACCCAUGUAAAAAAUACGACCACAACAAGAAGUUAUCAGGAACAAGUUCAGAUAUUGAAAAGCUUUAUGAAGCAGUACCACAGCUUAUCAAUGUGUUCAAAGUCAAAGGAAAAAUUGGUGAAGGUACUUUUAGUUCUGUUUACUUAGCCACAGCUCACCGACGAGGAGGCCAGGAAGAAAAAGUGGCUUUGAAACACUUGAUUCCUACUAGUCAUCCUGUACGAAUUGCUGCAGAACUUCAGUGUCUUAUAGUAGCAGGGGGCCAGGAUAAUGUUAUUGGAGUUAAAUGUUGUUUUAGAAAAAAUGAUCAUGUGGUUAUCGUUAUGCCAUAUGUGGAACACGAAUCCUUUUUGGACAUCUUGAACUCUCUCUCCUUUGAAGAAGUAAGAGAUUAUAUGUUUAAUCUUCUUAAAGCUUUGAAGCGUAUUCAUCACUUUGGAAUUGUUCAUCGUGAUGUCAAGCCCAGUAACUUUCUGUAUAACAGACAAAUGAAACAGUAUGCCCUGGUCGACUUUGGUUUGGCACAAGGAACUCCUGAGACAAAAAUAGAACUUCUAAAAGUUAUCCAGUCUGAAGCCCAGCAGGGAAGUUACACAUACAAUAAGCCUCAUGCAACUUUGGGAAACCAGGUUUCUGUCACUUCCACAGCAUCUAGACAACUAGCUCCUCAGUCAGCUACAAAAACUGCCAAUAAAAGACCUUGUUCCGUUUCACAAACACAGAUUAAAGAAGGACACAAAAGAAAGGAGAGACCAGAGUCCCUUACUCAUCAGCGCUCUGUCUUUGGGGAGAGGAAUUUCAAUGUCCGAAGCUCCACAUUUCAGGACCGUUCCACAGUUAAACCCAUAAAGCAGCCCAAAGUGACAGAUACUGCAUCUAGAAAACUGUCAGCGAAGAAGAAGUCAACUUCAGUUGUGAAUAAUGGUUUAGCCAAGAAGGCUGCCAGCAGUUGUCCAGCUAACUUAACCUGUGACUGUUACGCAAAAGAUAGAGUUUGCAGUAUUUGUCUUUCAAGACGUCAGCAGGUUGCCCCAAGGGCUGGUACACCUGGAUUCAGAGCACCAGAGGUAUUAACUAAGUGUCCUCAUCAGUCUACAGCAAUUGACAUAUGGUCUGCAGGAAUCAUAUUUCUUUCUCUGCUGAGUGGUCGGUAUCCAUUUUACAAAGCGGGUGAUGAUUUAACUGCUUUGGCACAGAUUAUGACUAUUCGUGGAUCCAGGGAAACAAUUCAAGCUGCUAGAACAUUUGGGAAAUCCAUACUGUGUAGCAAAGAAAUCCCAGCUCAGGAUUUACGGAAGCUCUGUGAGAUGCUGAGAGGGAAAAGUACCAACUUUGACAUCUCAACAGGUGAUGUACAGAUCAGACAUUCUCAGGAAUCUGUUUUGCCAGUGGAAAUCAGCAAUAUUUUGGAGGGUCCACUUCAGGCUCCCAAAAAACGAAUGAAACAAAGUUGUCACGAAGGCGAUGGCACAGAUAUUAGGACUAUUGAAAAGAGAACUGAUCUGAAAGGAUGGGAUAAAGUUCCUGAUGAGGCCUAUAAUCUUCUUGAUAAACUGCUUGAUUUAAAUCCUGCUACAAGAAUCUCUGCAAAGGAUGCCUUGCUGCAUCCUUUUUUCAGAAAUAUGAAGCAAUGAAAAGAUACUUGACUCUCUCUAUAAAUACUAGAGGAAGUGGAAAUCACAAUCUGCAUAUCUUUAAAUGAAAUGAAAAACCUGACAUGGACAUUGCAUCCACCUACUUGGUUUCACAGCAGCUUCCAUCUUGCUGUAAAUAAAUUAUUACAAGUAUUUAUGUUUGUGAGCCAGAUUUUUUUACAGAACCAUUGCACCAUUUCUUGAUGAUUUUGAAUGUAAUUGCAUCAUGGACAGUACAUCUGAACAUUGCACCAUGGUUCAGGGCUUUUGGUACCUUAGAAUAGUGCCAGUGCUGUCUCUUCACAUACCUAGGAACAGUAUUUGUAAUGGACUAUUUUAUACAUGAUGUUCUUGAGUUGUAGAAGUACAGCUGCUUGUUACCUCCAAGCUCACAUUACACAUGCUGCCAUAGAUGGAUAGGAGGAGUACUAUAUGUAAGCCAGCAUGAAAUUGUGAAUGAAGGGCGGUUCACCUUUGAAUGUGUAUACAUUUCCUGUUCAUUAUUUUAGGAUGAUAGCAUGUGCUUUCUGUUGAAAGAUAUAUAAGUGCUUGCAUAUAGAAACAGAUCUGGAAAGUUUUGAUAGUGUACAGCAGUGGCUUUUGAAGGCAAUCUGCUUGAAAGUGCAUUUUUGAGCAGAUUCAUUUUCACUGUGAUGUGAAGUAACUGCAAACAUAAUUAGUGUGUGUGUGUGUGUGUUAACACAUACAUUCAAAGAAUCUGUUUUCCCCACCCAAGUUUUUAAUUCAUUUAACUAUCAAUAUUAAUGUAAUUUUAAUGGCUAUUAAAAAAAUUUAAAAGUCCAAGGCAUUCCAUACGGGUUUGGUUCUUGAGAAUGAGUGCAGAAAAAAAAAUGUUGAUAGUGUGUUCUUGGAACCCUUUCCCUUAGAGAAUGGGAUGUGUAACAUGAGUUGCAGCAUAGUGGUUUGAGUGUUGAAGAAGGACUUGAGAACAGAGUUUGAUUC